GAGAAAAAGACGCAGAAGAAAAACACGCGAGAUUUACAUAGAAGUUACGAGAACGCAACUCUACUCUUUUGAGUAAUUUCCUUCCUUUUUUCGAGAUCUUUCGAAAACCUGCUCUAGAAGAAGCAGCCUUCUGAACUACACAUCUCUCCUUCAAAGGAUUUUUGGUCCUGAAGAACUCUUAAAGAAAAAACCAGCAGCAUCCUGCUUUCUGAAGUAUCCUGUCUCCACAACUGCGCUCAUAGCAGCAUUUCUCUCCGGAGAUCCAGUCUCAACGCACCUUCAGCGAUAUCCUGCUCUCCGGAACACAUACAAUCCUAUUCCCUGAAUAUCCAUCAAUUCCACAAAACUCAAGUUGGUCUUUUGGAAGUCCUUCAUCCUACUGCCGUUUCUUCUUGGUUUACAACGGCCUUCAAGACUUAUAGUGAUCCUGAGUGAUUGAAUUUGUGCGUGAAUCGCGGUUCACGGUUUACACCGGCAUCUCUAAACUUUUUGUUUAUCGUUUCGUAAUCGUCUGUUACAAUCGCGUACAUCCGAAAAGGGAGUACGCGAGUGUCGUGAAAUUUGAAAAGAGUUGUGAAUGUACUGUUUCGAGACUUUUUCUCUUAAAAAUUCAUUGGUGUUAAUCAUUAUAAUAUUAAGGUUCUUGCAUGUGUUGUUUGUCGCAAUAAGUUCCUGAAUAUCGUGCUUUCCUCUCCUGCCGAAUGCAGCAUAACCUUGCAUGUUCCUGACAACCUGUUCAUCAACGCGAGACUUAUGGAUUUUAUGUCUUUGAUGUUUCACACGAAACUAGCAUUACUCUAGGUGGUGGCUUAUCAAAGAGUUUUUAUUAUAUGAACGCACAAGGUUCAGUUAUAUCUUACGCGUGCAAACGGCUCCAUCGAAAUGAACAAGAUACUUCUCGUGGCUGUAAUAGGCAAUAUAGGGGCGAUGUCUGUCGGUCAAUUUUUCGGCUGGGCAUCGCCGGCUCUGCCAAAAUUGAGCGGCGAUGGAGAUGAGCUUCCGCAUCUGAGCACGGAGCAAGCCUCCUGGGUGGCAUCCUUACUUAUUGUCGGUUCGACCGGCGGUGCCAUCGUCUCUAAGUUCAUCGUGAACUUAAUUGGCAGAAAAAACAGCAUGAUAGUUACAACUGUGCCCGGGAUAAUUGGUUGCCUAAUGAUAAGCUUCGCGACGUCGCCAUGGGAAUUGUACAUAGCGAGGUUCAUGUGCGGGCUAUCUUUGGGCGGCACCUAUGUGGCGUCGCCGAUAUACCUGGGCGAGAUCUCGCCGGCGAAUAUCCGCGGUAUUCUGGGAUCGUUCUUCACGGUCUCGGUGAAAUUCGGCUCUCUGGUCGCGUAUUCAAUAGGCCCGUUUCUUUCUGUGAAGAAUUUCUCGCUCGUGUGCAUAGCGAUGCCUCUUGUAUUUAUGGUUACUUUUAUCUGGUUGCCGGAGUCUCCAUACUAUCUGAUGCGCUGCGGCAACAGGAAGAAGGCCGUAAAAGCUCUUGUCGAAUUGAGAGGCAGAGAAAAUGUCAGCGAAGAGGCGGACACUAUCGAGCAAGCCGUGAAAAUCGAUCUGUUGAACGACACUGGGUUCAGAGAGAUCUUAUUCGUCCCGGGUAAUCGUAGGGCCUUGAUAACCGAGCUAGGUUUGAUUAUAUUGCAACAAUUAAGUGGCAGCCAGGCCUUCAUACAUUACGCCGAAGCGAUCUUUGAUAAGGCGCAAACCAACUUGCAGGGGAAGUACUUAACCAUCAUACUGGGUUGCGUGCAAACGGUGUUUUCGGGUGUGUGCAUGCUCUUGACCGAUUACUGUGGCAGACGAAUGCUAUUGAUGAUCUCCUCGAUCGGGACAGGCUGUUCGACCGCGAUGGCAGGAACGUAUUUUUAUCUCCAGCAAGAUCACAUGAACACCAACGGAUUGGAGUGGUUGCCUGCCACCGGCACAAUCUUGUACAUGGCUCUCUACUCCAUAGGUUUGGGCACACUGCCGUUUACUAUGCUUGGCGAGCUCUUCCCCACGAACGUCAAGGUCCUUGGCGGCAUGAUAGUCAUGGUCAUUUGUAACGUAUGUUCUUUCAUCAUCGUGAAGUGGUACCCGAUCGUGGCUGAGAAUAUCGGGACACAUGUGACUUUUUGGUUCUUCACCGUGUGCAGUUUUCUCGCUGUCGUCUUCACGUACACUUACGUGCCUGAAACUAAAGGCAAAACUCUAGAGUGGAUACAGAAAGAGCUGAAUAUCUCGAAGAAACAGGACGACAGUUGAACGAGGCUAGAUUCAUUUUCGGUGAAGAGUAUUUACGAUAAUAAUUCGUACGCGAUCGUGAAAAAUCGUUAGGUCUAUAUAACAAUCGUUAAUCUCUCGCGAAAUAAUAUAAAUAAUAGUUAAUAAGUAUUAAAAGAGUAACAAUAAAACUAAAUACUAUAUUUAUGAAACUAAUAACAAAACUAAACUAAAUAAUAAAACUAAAAAAAAAAUAACGAUAUACAUGUACUAAAGUGAGUCGAGAAUUAAUUGUUAAUAAGUAUUAAAAAAGUAACAAUAAAGUUAAAUAUAUUAUAUUUAUGAAACUAAUAACAAAACUAAACUAAAUAAAACUAAAAAAGAAAAAUAAGUAAUAACGAUAUACGUGUAAAGUAAAUCGAGAAUUAAUUGUUAAUGAUGUUGGCGCGAAUAUGCCGACGUGGGCGGCGAUUGAGUUAUAAUUUGGCACCGAUGUGCUUGACUUAGGUCGCGCUUCGAUAGCGUUCUCUCUUACCUUUAGGAGUUCCUUCCAUUCCGACGGAAACUUCUCCGUUUAAUGUCUCGGUUUAUCGGUCUUCGAGUAACUUCGGGCAGCUGACGCGAAUUGUCCUCGCGACCAUUGGUAGGUCACGAUUAUCGCAGAGAUUCGUUCGCGGACGAAGGCCACAAUCGGAGGAAGUUUCUCUCGAUUUAGCGCAGAUAAUCGUUAAUAUGUUACGAUAAAGAUAAAUGAAUAGGAUUCCGAGAAGGAUAAAUAAAUCAAGGACGUUUGUAA